CUCAAACGUUCUCAGACACCAAACCAUAGAAAAUGGGUUUCAACGGAACACGUCUCAAAGUGCAGCUCAAGCUGGCUGUGAAUCGCCUGAAAAUGCUUCAGAACAAGAAAGCCAACCAGAACGCAGUCGCGCGCAAGCAGAUUGGCGCGCUGCUGGACAAGGGCAAGGAGGAAUCAGCGCGCAUCAAGGUCGAGCACAUCAUCCGUGAAGACUACAUGAUUGAGGCCAUGGAGCUGAUCGAGCUGUACUGCGACCUGCUGCUCGCUCGCUAUGGCAUCAUCGAGCAGAUGAAAUACUGCGACGAUGGCAUCAGAGAGGCCGUCAAUACAAUCAUCUGGGUCGCACCACGACUUACCACCGAAGUGCAGGAACUGACUCUGAUUCGAGAGCAGCUCAUUGCCAAGUACGGCAAGGAGUUUGGUAUGGCAGCCAUGGAGACGCAGGGCGUCAGCGACAGAGUGAUGCGAAAAUUCAGUGUGCAGGCGCCAGAGCAGUUCCUCGUGACGCAGUAUCUCAUUGAGAUUGCUCGCGCAUUGAAGAUCAACUGGGUGCCUCCGGCUCAGGACGUCUUGCUUGCGCCGCUCGACAGCCCGCAGCUCAUCGGCCCGCCUCCAUUAAUUUCGGGCGAGGUCAUCACGCUGGGUUCCCCCACUGGUCACAGCAAUGGGAACAACAGCAACAACAACAAUCCCAACAACAACAACUUCUUUGGCGGUGGCGGUGGCGGCGGCAUUGGCGCUGGAGGAUUUAUCGUCCCCCAACAAGGCAACCCCUAUCCUGCGCCACAAAAUGCGCCCUAUCCGCCGAUGGCUGGCCAAAACCAAGCCCCAUAUCAACACCAGCAACAACAGUACACGGCUGGGUACGGUGGUGGAGCCAGCUCUUCAUCGUCUGCUCCGGCCCCUUACAAGGAUGGCAACACGGCCGCCUUCUCGCAGAAUGACUAUUCUAGCAUCCCUCCUCGAUCAGCGCCAGCGCCAGACUAUCCUGGCUACCCUGGUUCUCAAACACCCGCGUUUCCGAGUGUGCCCGGGAACGGCUCUCCGUCAUUCAACACUGUGGACAUCCCCGCCUUCCCCUCCGUUCCAGGAACUCUUCCUGGCGAUGGUCGCGGGCCUAGUGGCGGUUCGGGUAGCAAUGCCAAAGGCGGAAACAGCGCCCCCGCAGCUCCACGCAACGACGAAGACGAUCCCGAUUUCGAUGACUUGGCGCGUCGAUUUAUGGCACUGAAAAAGCGAACGUAAACACUUGGUUUGUUGAGCAUGGCAGAAUGUCCCCCUACACACAAAAAUGCAAACAGUACCCCACAGUAGAGUGGUCGAAGGCCAUUUGUUGUGCAUUUUGUGUUCUCUUUUGUUUUGUAUCUUUGCAUUUGAAUCGAACAACCAUCGUCAGAAUCUUUCACAUAACGCUCAAAUUUAC